ACAGUCUGUUUGCGGGACGGACACGGAAGUUGGUCGCUGGUUACACAGCCACAACAUGAAAACUGCCCGCUCGCGAGUGACUGGUCGCCUUGGUCAUAUCAACCCUUCUGUCUCAAGCCCGCCACAGAGGAGGACGAACCAGCGCCGGCAGACUGCGUCUUCACGCUCACCGCGUUCCGAGGCAACCAGGGGAUCAGCUUGAUCACCACGCCCAAUCUUGCGGCCAGCAUUGCCACCAACCUCGAUGACUCGCGGGUACCACCUGGGCUCAGAUAUCAGCUGGCGGACGUGGGGCGUGGAAGAGGGCAAACUGCAGCAUAUGAAAUUAGAGACCUCCCGGGACGGGGAAAGGGAAUGGUCGCGAAGCGCAAAUUUGCAGAGCACGAGACGAUCAUGGUCGGCUAUCCAGUACUCGUCGUCAGGCUGGAUUUUCUGAACGGUGAUGGCCUCACCGACCGAGGGAAGCGAGUCAUGAUGGAAACAAGCGUGAAGCAGCUUCCACCAAAGCAGAGCUGGGCGCUAAAGUCGCUCGCACGGAGUACUGGUGGCGAGCCCAUCCUCGAUAUCAUCCGCACCAAUGGGUUCGGGAUCGAGAUUGAUGGGGUUCAACACUUGGCAGUGUUCUUGGAUGGUUCGAGAGUCAACCAUAACUGCCGGCCAAAUUCCUUUUGGCGAUACAGCGGUAGCAGCAUAGCCAUGGAAGUCGUUGCGCUACGCGAUGUUCGGCCUGGCGAGGAAAUCGCACACAGCUGUAAGUGA